AUGGCUGGUGGCCGGGAGCGAGGGCCAGUGGCUGCGACCCCUACAUGCAAGAGGUCGUGGAGUGUGGUGGCCUGGCAGAGCAAGGCCGAGUGGGACCAAGUGAUGGUGGGGCUGUACUGUGGGGACUGCCAGGUGCAGCGCGAUGCGCUGGACCGAGUGUCGGCCUGGAAGAGCAGGUACGGGCACAGAAUGCCUUUAGCAGUGGAAUGCACUGCAGAUCUGAUUCGCUGUAAAAUCCUGGAUGCUUCCGGUGGACUAAAAUCCCAUGAACUGGUCCUGACGUACGGCCUGGCUCUUGUGAGGUUUGUGAACCUGAUCACAGAGAGGAAGCAGAAAAUGGUCAUCAUGCCCCUGAGACGGUUAGCGACUGAGCUGAACAUCCCGGUUUGGAUUGUGGACCUUCGUCACGAUCUGACCCACGGGAACCUUCCCCAGUUGAGUGCUUGUCGAAAAGGGUGUGAUGCUGUCCUGGAAUGGCUGCGACGUACGUAUUGGAGCCGUCAGUUGGGCAACAACCUUGCUGGAGAAUGCAAAGCGGAGGAGGAAGAGGAGUUGCCUACAACUGAUAUUGAGGCCGAGGCAGACAGUAGCCUGGAGGAACCUGACGAAGUGAAAUCAAGUGUCCGUCGGAAGCACCAGGAACUUCGGGAGAAAGUCAUAGGUGUUUUGGUUUCCUAUAAAAAACAACAAUUUGGGGUUCUUCGGGAACUGCAGAGUGUUGACAGGGCCUGCCAAGAAUGGUGCGGCUCUUCCUCGGAGGUGCAGUGGAUAGUGGCCCAGAUGAAAGACUUACUGCAAGACAACAGGGAGGUGGUGGCCAGAGCGAUGCUCGGCAAUGGCUUUCUCAUCCCAGCUGCGGAAGACCUGCAGACCUUAAACCUCGACCUUCAAGAAACCAAAGAGUGGGAUUUUAGAAUCCCCCCAGCAUUCCUUUGCUUUUGGCAGCCGCUGCUGAAGGGUCUCCACUCCAGAGAUUUCACACAGACCCUCCUCGAGAAGAUGUUCAGCGAGCUAAAGCAACACGCACGGGACUCAGGGCUCCAGACCCGGUACCUCAUCAGCUGGAUCACGGAAAUUCUGAAGACCAACAUGCAUGCCAAGAAAAAGUCAAGGCGCUCUUCCAAGAGCUCCAAAAACACAAGCGAAGCCUCUCCAGGGCUUUUUCUCCAUCGUGUUUCGCUUCAGUGGUUGAAGCUCCUUGAGGAUUGCUUGGAAGCUCCAUGUUGGGCGAGUCCCCACCUCCUUCAUCUGAUCCUGCUGAGCACGGAGCCCCCUUUGCCUUCGGACACGCAGGAGAAACUUCUCUACCUCACCUCCAUCUAUACCCAAGAAGCCGACUCCAUCCCCAACCCGGGCUCAGCUGCAGAACUCCGCAGGCAGCCCAUUUAUACAGUGGAGAGCUUGCAGUGGAAAGCCAAACAGAGUGGGGCAGCCCACAGGCUCGACAAGAGUGCGGGAUGGCUGGUGGGGCCUGCCGAAGAGGAAGACUUGGCCGAGGAAGAGGAGGAGGAAGAGAUGGAAACUCAGUCUGUGCCUCUGCCAGAAUCGUUCCAUGCUGAGAACUCCAGGGCUUUAGCUGAGAAGAGGGCCGCACUCCAGGGAUCGGCCUGGCAAGUCAGUUCAGAGGGAACCAAGUGGCAGCAUUUUCCUCUGGGGAAACUGCCCGGUCAGACAGAUGACCCCGAUGCCCUGAGAGUGGAAGAGUAUUCCAUGAUGUCGGCUCUGGACCAGCCGGUGAACGGAGACCAGAGAGCCCCACCUUGUGUCAGCUCCUCAGAAUGGACUGGGUCCAGUCCUGAGGGAUUAUUGUGGACACAGAGCGACCUCCAGAAAUUAAAAAGCGGCCUUCAGCUUUUCUGA